UGCACCAUAUUUUUCUUCCUUUUUAAACCAGGUUUAGAAGAAGUGAGCUCUGGGCGUUUUCUUCGGAGAGCUGGUCUAGAAGAAAGACUUUUGAUUACUAGGACGGUCAGUUUGGGAUCUCUGGGUGAGAAAUGGCCCCCAAAACCAUAAGAAAGGCAAUAGCAGACGCGCUGGAGGACUUAUCAAAAGAUAACUUUGAUAAGUUCUGCCGCCAGCUCUUGGACCGCAGAGAAGAACCCCGGGUCAGAAGAAAUAAGGUGGAGGGUAAAAGCUUUUUAGACAUCGCAGACAUCCUGGUUUCCACUUUUACUGAACGCAGAGCUGUCACCGUUACCACCGAGCUGUUGAAACAGAUUGAUUGCCACUGUGAAGCAGACUCACUCGAGGAUGAUGUACGUGAAGAAACCCCACCACCCUCACAACCUGGUCCCAGUGACACCUCUUUACAGUUUGUGGAGAAACAUAAAGUGGAGUUGUUUCAGAGAGUGAGCAACAUUGCACCCAUUCUGGAUGAGCUAUUCGACAAAAAUGUCCUCCAACCAGAGAUUUAUGAAACAAUCAGGGCUCUGCCUACCUCUCAGGCGAAGAUGAGAGAAAUCUACCUAUGUUGCCUGAAAGGUGGUGAAGCCUGCAAAAACAUCUUAUAUGAAAUCCUUGAGAGAAAUGAGCCAUAUCUAAUUGCUGACCUCAAGGAAAAGAAGUAAAUGUUGUGGUGAAAUCUACGGAAGCACAUUGCAUUCACUAAAGAAAAAAAAAUUGGAAGCCUUAUCUCAUAAUUACGAGAUCCUGAUGUCGUAAUUAUGAGAAAAGAUGUCGUAAUUAUGAGAAAAGAUCUCGUAAUUAGAGAUGACUAGAAAGGUGCCAUUUAUUACUGAGUUCAGUAAAGUUGGAAAUAUAUUCACAGAUUCGAGCUUCCAGGAUCAAUAACUCGUAAGCAAAACGUGUUAAAAACACAAACGACGCCUCUUUACUAUCGUAGUUAAGUAGACAACAAGCUACAAGUACAUUUUCACAUAAAUGAGUCUUCCUAGGAUCGGCACAAAUAACAUUGGUCUCUACGUGCAGCCGGCUGUGAGACGAGUGCGCAGGGACCGUCUACAAAGUGCAACACCGAAAACACAUUCUGCAGAGAUAUUCAAUAACUUCACACUUAUACAAUAUAGUGCCCCCAAAAUCACCUUACACAUUAAUGAUAUACUGCUGGUUUUACUACAACACUUAGUUUGGGGGGAAAAAGACUUUUGCAUACCUAAUAUUAGGUAGGUCGAUUUUUAAUAUUCAAUAACUACAAUGUUAAAGGCUGUAGAGUCUCAAAAAUCACCCCAGGUAUCAGUGAUCUCAUGUUGAUGAUAUUACAACAAUUAAUUUGUAGAAAUAUUGUUUAACUUCACUUUUAAGAGUUUUAGUGUCUCAAAAACCACCCCACAAAUCAUUGAUAUCCUGGUUGUGAUACUUCAACACUUGUAGAAAUAUAGUUUUGCAUAAUUUUGGAGAAUUUCUAUCUUCAGUAACUUUACUAUUAUAAGCUGUAUUGUCUCCAAAAUCACCCUACAUGUCAGUGAUCUAAUGCUUGUGAUACUACAAUCAUCAAUGGUCUCAUGUUGAGAACAGGUGCCACCAAUAAGGCAGACGGACAACUUCCCCUGAAGGUCUGCCAAAUAACAUCCCCCAACACUUUAAAGAACUUUACAUCGUGUCUGUUUGGGAACAAUCUGGGAACAUUAUAAGGCAAUGUCCUUGACACCAGCAGGAAAGUUAUCAAAAUGUUCUAGGAAAGUAAAAUGUCUAGCUGGGUAUCUGUAUAACAGUGAAGUCAUAUUAUUAAAAUCCCCCAAAAUUACCUCAAAGAAAAGUUUUUCAAACUAAGUGUUGUAGUAUCAUCAAUAGAAGACCACUGAUGAUUGAAGUGAUUUUGGAGACACUACUGCUUAUAACAUGAAAGUUAUUCAUUUAGCACACACUUUUAUCCAAAGCGACUUACAAUCGCUAUAUAUGUCAGAGGUCGCACGCCUCUGGAGCAACUAGGGGUUUGAACCUGGGUCUCUCACAUCAAAGGCAUUUGUCUUAUCCACUGCCCCAUCACCACCCCUUAGCAGUACCAGUGAAGUUAUUGAAUAUUAAAAUUCCCAAAUCAUGCAAAACUAUAUUUCUAUAAACUAAGUGUGUAGUAUCACAAGCAGGAUAUCAAUGAUUUGUGGGGUGAUUUUUGAGACUCUACAGCCUUUAACAGUGAAGUUAUUGAAUAUUAAAAAUAUGGGUAUGCAAAAGUCUUUUUUACCCUAAAUUAAGUGUUGUAGUAUAACCAGCAGUAUAUCAUUAAUGUGUAAGGUGGUUUGGGGGGCACUAUAUUGUAUAAGUGUGAAGUUAUUGAAUAUCUCUGCAGAAUGUGUUAAUUCUGCAGAUGUGAUAAAAUGUGCACUUUGUAGACGGUCCCUGCGCACUUCUCACAGCUGGCUGCACAUAGAAACCAAUGUUAUUUAUGCAGCUCCGAGGAAGACUCAUUUAUGUGACAAUGUACUUGUUGCUUGUUGUCUACUUAACUACGAUAAUAAAGAGGCGUCACUUUGCUUAUGAGUUAUUGAUCCCGGAAGCUUGAAUCUGUAAAUAUAGGCUAUUUCCAACUUUACCAUUAUCUAGUAAUUACGAGAUCCGGAUCUCAUAAUUUCGAGAUCUUAUCUCGUAAUUAUGACAUCUUUUCUCGUAAUUAUGAGAUAAGGCUUCCAAUUUUUUUUUCUCUUCCGUAGAAAUCCAUUUUCAGAUUUCAUAACAUUUUUAGUCUACCUGAACACAAAAUGUUUUUAUACAUUAACUCUGUGGAAAUUUUAUUGUUAAUGCUAAUUCUAUGUGGGGGUUUUCUUUAAAAAUAUAUAUUUCCAUGCAUGUUUAUGUUUAAGCUGCCCCUAAUUAUUGCCCCCUCUUAAAUUACUUGAAAUUUGUAUGGUAUGUGGUGCCUUGCCUGCCCUGAUCAGUGAGACUCAUUUACUUGCUUCAUUUAAAUGAGAUGUGAUUUCAUGUACGGUUUAAAACCAGAUUCAGCUAAUGGUUAUCAGAUAAUCAUGUCAGAAAUUAAUUAAGGAUCUCCCUAGACAUGUAAUGUUUUUAUCCAACAAAUAGCAAAUGGAUUAAGAGUCUGUUUUUAACCUAAUUAUUUUAUGUAAAUUAUAACAGAUGCUAAAAGAUUGUUUUAUCACUUUUAUUCUGCCCAAUAAGAUUUAGUUUAUAUUUGGAAGGUCACUGAAAAUGUUUUAUAUUUUUGAAAUUUACAUAAAUUGAAUUAAAUCUUCUGA